AUGGCUGCAACGAGGAACGGCACGACUAUUUGGAGUCAAUCCAUCAUCGCCAAAUACCUUAAAGGUCAUGCUCCACCCGAGGCCAUAUUGAAUCGUCGAACGAGUUACAUAAAUCUUCUAAGGAAGAAGAGGACGAUGACACAACUGCGGAAGAUGGGUCGGAAAAUCGGCCGAAAAAUGGCGAGGAGGAGCCGCUUGCCUCUGUCAAAGGCGUUACCAAGCACGAUUGCAAAGAGAUUGGUUGAGAAAAGAACUAAAGUUUUGAGGAGUUUGAUUCCGGGAGGAGAGUUUAUGAAGGAUGAAGCUUUGUUGAUUGAAGAAGCCCUAGAUUAUAUACCGUUUCUUCAAGCUCAGGUUGAUGGAAUGCGAUUUCUUGCUAAUUAUUGCAAAUGA